AUGGAAACAUCCAGAGCCUUUGGCAUUUGCCAAUGCUUGCUCUUUUCAUCCUUUUUAUUGGAUUUGACCCUGUGUCCACAUUCCAAAGUAGAAGAGAGCUUUCAGUUGCAAGCCACGCAUGAUUUGAUCUACUUUGGAAUACGGCCUGCACUUUUUGGAAAUGACGAUUCGUCGGAAACACCCUAUGAUCAUUUACAAUACCCCGGAGUUGUCCCCAGAUCAUUUAUUGGACCUGGCCUAUUGGCAUCAAUCUGCACUGUACUUCGUCUCUUGUUGCUUCCUGUCAUGGAUAUUGCCCAACAUCCCAUGAUGAUGCAGUUUCUGUCCCGGUUCUGUCUCUUAUCCAUACUAGUAUUUUCAUGGAGUCAAUUUGCUCGGGCACUCGACAAGAAAUUCAGAGGUGCUGGUGCUUGGAUGCUCCUCCUGACGGCAUGCCAAUUCCACAUGCCCUUUUAUGCCAGUCGAAUGCUGCCCAAUGUCUUUGCACUGGCCAUGGUACUGAAUUCCUAUGCGGCGUGGAUAGAUGCCAAUGUCUCCCGUGCUGCCACCUUGUUGGUGGUAGCCACUGCCAUUUUUCGAUGCGACUUGCUACUGUUGUUGGGAUCCGUCGGAUUGGUUUGGUUGAUUACCAAAAAGUUGUCGAUAGUACAAGCACUCAAGAUUGGAGUUGCGAGUGGUGCAAUCAGCCUGUUGCUCACCAUUCCACUAGAUAGUGCCUUGUGGCAAAGACUCUUGUGGGCAGAGGGCGAAGUAUUUUACUACAAUGCAAUCCUUGGCAAAUCGAGCGAUUGGGGGACUUCACCAUGGCAUUGGUACUAUUCGUCGGCAUUGCCCAAGUCAAUGCUCCUGACUGUAUUGUUGGUACCGUUUUCCUUCUUGCGAAUCGUUGAAUAUCUCAUGGGGUUGGAACGGCGAGUACGAAAGGCUUCGUCUUCGUCUUCAUCUGUUGUGGUUAAUCUGAGAGGACUACUCGACCGACAAUGGUUGGAAUAUCUGCUUCCAGUCCUUGGUUUUGUCACUCUUUACUCAUUUCUCGCCCACAAGGAAGUGAGAUUCAUUUUUCCUGCCAUCCCGAUGCUCAAUGCGUUGGCCGCGGUCGGGAUUCAAAGGCUCUCUUCAUUAGCAUUUCCAGCUAAGGGCAAAGAAAGAAUGCUCAUUGCUAGCUUGGCAUUCUACUGUGGACUGUUUUGCAUCUUGGCAAGUUUGAUUGGAAGCCUGACAUUUGUCGCUGUGUCACACCAGAACUAUCCUGGUGGCGAUGCCCUAUUGAGGCUGUCGGUUCACAUAUCCAACUUGCAACUCCCUCCCUCCACGGAGCUGCAUGUGCACAUUGAUGUGGCGUCCGCCAUGUCGGGAGUGUCCUUAUUUGGUCAACGCGCUGCUGAGGCCCAAACCAAAGACGUCAAUUGGAUUUUUCACAAGAGUGGUUAUGAGGAAGAACACUCGUUGGAAGCAUCAGCAGGACGGGAGAUUUUCACACAUGUUCUAUCGGAGGAUGCAAACUUCUCGCCAGACUUUCAUGUCAUUGACACAAUCCAAGGAAACCCAUCAUUGAACCUUCGAAAAUUUCGAAUACACACAACAGAUGCAAUAUACGUUUUAGAGCGGAUAGAUUGGGGCCAGCAAUAUAGAUAA